GACAACGCCGGAUAGAUCUAGAGAGCGAAACAACUGCACUGCCACUUUACUAGUACUUCGACACGCCAAAGACCACAGAAGACUUUUGCGUCUGAAGAUGACCCUGUCAAGCAGCUCCACGUCCUCUACAAAGACCAUCCACAGAGCAGCAUCCGAGCUGGAGAGGUCUGACUCCAUCACGUCUCAAAGGUUCCUCGGUAGACGGCAAAGCUUGAUCGAGGACGCGCGCAAGGAGAGGGAAGCCGCCGCUGCAGCCGCAGAAGCUGCAGAGGCCAGCGAGCAGAUAGUGUUUGAGGAGGACAAUGGGAAAGCGCUGCUCAACCUUUUCUUCACUUUAAGAAACUCCAAGACUCCUGCACUGUCGAGGACACUCAAAGUUUUCGAGACAUUUGAAGCUAAGAUUCAACAUUUGGAGACGCGCCCGUGCCGGAAGCUGAAGGACAGCGGGGAAGGCCUGGAGUACUUUGUCCGCUGUGAGGUGCACCUCUCAGACGUCAGUACUCUCAUCAGCUCCAUCAAGAGAAAUGCAGAGGACGUUAAAACCACCAAAGAAGUCAAAUUUCAUUGGUUCCCAAAGAAAAUAGCAGAUUUGGAUAAAUGUCAUCAUCUGGUCACAAAAUUCGAUCCAGACUUGGAUCAAGACCAUCCUGGCUACACAGACCCUGCUUACAGGCAGAGGAGGAAGAUGAUCGGAGACAUCGCCUUCAGAUACAGACAUGGGCAGACAAUUCCCAGAGUGGAAUACACAGAGAUGGAGAUUGCCACAUGGAGAGAAGUCUACUCAACUCUGAGGGAAUUGUAUAUCACACAUGCCUGCAGUGAAUACCUCGAUGCCCUCCAUCUGCUGGAAAGGCAUUCUGGGUACGGUCCAGACAACAUUCCCCAGUUGGAAGAUGUGUCAUGCUUCCUCAAAGAGCGAACAGGGUUCCUGCUCCGUCCAGUGGCAGGUCUGCUCUCCGCCAGAGAUUUCUUGGCCAGUUUGGCAUUCAGGGUGUUCCAGUGCACCCAAUAUAUCCGACACGCCUCGUCCCCUAUGCACUCCCCAGAGCCUGACUGUGUACAUGAACUGCUGGGCCACGUCCCAAUGCUGGCUGAUCGCACUUUUGCCCAGUUUUCACAGAACCUUGGUCUGGCAUCACUUGGGGCUUCGGAUGAAGAUAUUGAGAAACUGUCCUCACUAUACUGGUUCACUGUUGAGUACGGCCUCUGCAAACAGAAUGGUGAGGUGAGGGCUUACGGAGCUGGACUGCUCUCCUCUUACGGAGAACUGGUGCACUCGCUGUCUGAUGAACCAGAGACAAGGCAGUUUGAACCAGAGGCUGCAGCGAGGCAGCCCUACCAAGACCAGACGUACCAGCCAGUCUACUUCAUUUCUGAAAGUUUUACAGAUGCCAAGGAAAAAUUCAGGGGUUACGUGGCGGGAAUCAAGCGUCCCUUUUCCGUGAGGUUUGAUCCAUUCACCAGCAGUGUGGAGGUGCUUGACAACCCACUGAAGAUCCAAGCAGGCCUGGAUGGAGUGAAGGACGAGCUCAAGAUGCUAACAGACGCCCUCAGUGUUUUGUCAUGAUGAUGUCCCGGUUCUGCGACCGCCCUGCUGUUGUCUGCUUCCUCUCUGCUGCGCUCAGAGACGUCCGACGUGUGAUCAAGAGCAAUGUGUUCAUCUUUCUGUGCUGUACUUCCAGUAUGAUGCUGUUUCUGAAGAGUUGUUGCUUGCUGGUAGGCCGACAAUGUUGCAACCAUUAAAACCUCAAGUCACAGCGCAGGCUUUCCAAAGAUGUUUAACACCUCGCUGGGUGAAAUUAAUUGGGUUUUACUGACUGGGCCAUUCAUUACUUCUAAAUAAAAAAUUUGUUGUUUGAGAAAUGUGUCAAAAUCGGAACCAAAAUAAAGGGAAUUGUGGUAAUGAAUGUAUAAAAAGAAAACUAAAUGAGUAUAGUACAAUUACUUUAAAAUCAAAGAAACAAAUGAAAAUAUUAAAGUGUCUAACAAAUAAAACAUAUUUAUGAAACAUAUAUGAAAUCACAGUUAUAUUAUUUAGAAAUUAAUAUCUCUCAUGUGUUAAAUUCUUUAUUUUGCAGAUGUGAAUUCAGUAUUUGAGUAUUGUCUCUAAAUGUAUUGAUUUAUCUGGCGUUUCUGUCGUACAGUGUAUCGCAUAAUGAAAUAAAUAAUACAACAUACUUUCCAUGUAAUGAACUGUUGACUACUGCUUCAAAAACGUAUCUAUCAAACAUUAAAGAUG